UGACUGCAAAGAAAAUGCACAUAUUACCAUGAAGGGAAGUAUUUGUAUAAUUCUCAAAAUCAAUCAGAUUAUCUAGUAAAAGAUAUUUUGGGAAUAACUAGUGAAAAAUAAGUUCUUAUUUCUGAAGUAUUUAAUAAUGAAAAAAGGAGACAUUCAAGGGAAAAGUCACUUAAAAGAGAAAAAUAAUCUGUUCAUUUUUAAAUUUUAGGAGCAUUUUGAACAAUGUAACUAAUGUUUUCCCUGUCAAGUUGGUAGCAAUAAUUUGGAGCCCAAUUUGUAGUUGGUCCCUGAAGUGUAGUAUAGUUCUUUAUAAAAUAAGUUUUUCACUUAAUUACAGCCCCUUUUUAAUAUGCCCCUUUGUCUUUCCCAUGUUAUUUUUUAUCUUUGCUGGUUUUUUUUUUUUUUAAUAAUUUGUGUGUCUUUCUGGAUUGUCUGAAAUCCGCCAGAAAUGAUGAGGGUUGACGUGUAGACUGAUGAUUAAUAGCAGUGAGUGAACUAGAGUAGUGAGUGUUUGCUGAGCUCUCGCUGUGAAGAAGCGCACGCAGUCAGGGCAUCUGUGUCGCUGACUGCCUUGUUGGCAGAGCGUCGUUCGGAUGAAGAUUCAGAGAGGGACAGCCUGGGCUCGGGGUUGCACAGAAUACAUCUGAGUUUAUACACAACAUAAAUGUUAGAUUUAUGUAUCUCUGUGUUUAAUGUAGUGAGUAGUAUGUUUAUAUUUUAUAAUAAAUGUUACAUAAAAAUUACAUAUAAAGUAAUUUAUAUUAUAAAAGCAAAUAGCUAACUGUAUUUUUUUUCUUUCAGAAUUUAAAUGAAUAUGUUGAAGCAUUAAUUACCUUGAAGCAAAAAAUCAUUAAUACAGAUAAUUUGUUAACAGAAUAUCAGAAGAAAUGUGAUGAGCUGCAGUUUGCAAGAAGAGAGAAUAGUACUCUGCAUCACCAAGUGGAACAGAUGCUUCAAAAAAUUUCUCCUCUGCAGAAAUGUCAGGAAGAACUAGGAUCUUUAAAAGCAGAGCUAGAAGAGAAAAAGAGCUCUCUGAAGUUGUACCAGAACACGCAUCAGGAGUACGCCCGUGUGAAGGAGGAGUGCUUGAAAACUGAUGCUCAGAGGAAGAAACUAGAAGCCAAGGUGAAGAAGCUGGAAGAGGCUGCCGUCAAGCAAACUCAGGACUUCAAGCAACUGAGGAACGAAAAGAAAAUGCUCGAAAAGGAGUUUAAGAAGACACAGGAAAGGCUGGAUGAAUUUUCUAAACAGAAACAUGAGAAGGAACUGAGACACAUUGGAACACAGAUUUCAAGUGAUUCUUACGGAAGUAUCGAUAAGAGAAAAGUAAAACUGCUUCUGAAGGAACUCUGGCUCUGUGUAAACACAACACGCAGACUACCUGGUGAAGGCAGAGGAUGUGUCCCAGAAAAAUCUGCCAUAGGAAACCCCAGAGCCAUCGAGCCUGGGGGAGACGGUGCGCCCCCUCCUGCAGGGGCUGGCCCUCUCGGCACCUCUGCCGUGCAGACUUGCCUGGCGGAGCUGUCCAUGGAGGUAGAAGGCCGCUUCCCCCCGCGUGAGGAGCCAGGUGGGGCCGCGUCCCGGGACGGCGGUGGUUUCAAAGAGGACCGCAAUCCAGGGGCCUUGCCGCAGAGGAAUGAUAGCUCUGCUGACGUUCCUGAUCACGACCGAUGCUUUGAUGAGGAUCUGCAGGCCGCAGUUGACUUCUUCAAGCUCCCCCCUCCUCUUCUGUCUCCGGUGCCAUCACCCCCUUUGGUGUCACCACACCCGGGUGCCCUGCGUACUUCGCUCGUGUCCGAAGCCUACUUUGAAGAGUGUACAGAUUCCAGUGACAAUGACUUGGCCCCACAUAGAGUUUCUGCUGAGUCCGUUUCAGAAGAUGAUGCACCUGAAUCACGGGAUUCUUUUAACUCACCUGGAAAAAGUAAAGGAAGUGGGCCAUGGGAGGAAAGACUCAGAUCACACGAAGCCACCCAAGCUCCAAAUGCACUGGAAGUCAGUGAAGUGACCGCUGUCGGGCUUGGGACAUUUACAGCAACCCUGGGAGAGCCUUCAGCCACCGUCUCCUUCGCUCGUGAGGAGCGCUGGGCCAUGUCACCCGAGUUCAUGAGCCAUAGAGGAAGGGGCGUUUUAGGUGAGGUGACGAGGCAGAGAGAGGGUCGGGAGAUGGACUGGUCGGUGCACCCAGAGAAGACCCGCCAUAACCCCCCGGGCAGCGAGCGUGUGGAGAGGCUUUUGGGCAGCCUGGCUCGAGAGGAGGGAGCGGCGCUCGGGACGGCAGGCCUGCGUCGUUCUCCGCUUGGCUCGAGGCUGUGGAAUGAGCCCAAUGCAUCUGAAGGAAACACCCUGGGGCCCAGAGUGCUAGGGUCACCCACGCCCGGGUGGGCCAAGUGGACGCUGGCGGAUGGAGUCCCUUCUCAGCCCGGCCGCCUGUCAGUCUCUGGCCGUCCUCAGGGCCUGUGUAGAGGACUGGAGGAGCAGAGAGAAGGCCUGCGAGGGCUCGUCUCAGGAGCCGCCCCUGCGCCCGGGGCGGCGGGGGCCGCGCUGCUGGCAGCGGGGCUCGGUGUCGAAGACGAGGUGUCUUCCUCUUCGGCCUCGAUAGCCUCGUCUCUCUGUGGUCACCUCGGGUCUCCCUGUGAUUUGGAGGAUGUCGAUGACACCUGUCUUCCCACUGAGGUGGACCUUCCCGAGCUGCGUCCGUCUGAACAAAGAUUACAGGCCGCCACGUCAAACACGUUCCAGGUGCGUCCUGAGCCCUCGGAGCAUCCUGGAGGAGACGGCGCUCUGGAGAACAGCUUCCGAGCUUUCAGUCCGGUGUCGCGGGCACCUGAUUUUCACGGCCAAAGGAGCGAUGAGGUAGGAUGUGCGACCCUCUUAAAAGGCACGAACGAAGUCUGCUCCCUUCCUCAGCUGGGAUUCAUGGGAGCCGUGAGAGGCGGGCUGUGUGAGAGUCGAAGUCCAAGGGCCGCGCUCACGCCGAGUCGGUCAGAUUUGACGUCGUUGGCAGGACUUCAGUCUGGCUCGAUGGGGAGUGGCUUCGGCUUCGUUAAAAACACUUCGUGGCGCCACAACGAUCUGUUACGGCGAAGUGGUGCAGAAAGACUGAGUGCUUCGCCUGAACGUGAACAGGCCAGACGUCAGUUACAGGAGGUGGUGUCCCCCCCAGAGAACAGGGCGUCGGCGUCCGAGCCGGAACGCACUGGAGAGGGUCACAGUCCUGUGGCAUUCAGGGCCACAGCGCCCUUGUUGCCGAACCAGGUGUCAGUAAUCACAAAGCAGACACGGCCUGAGACCACGCAGAAUGCUGGAUGGGAGCCCACGAGACCAGCUCGGACGGAGCCUCCCCUGGCAGCAGAUGCUACUGGUGGGGCUGGUCGUGUGUCACCCCGAGCACGACGCGGAGGGAGUGAGCCCACAGCACAGGAAAGCAGGGAGGCAGCUGCUGCAGAGAGGACCUCACCAGGCGUUUCCACCUCCUUGAGGAAAUUAGAUUUUAAUUCUCUGAGUGGUUCUUUACCAGUAGAAAAUCCUUGUUGUCCCGCAAAUAGUAAAUUAUCUUUCACUUCUGAAAACAUCCCGGUCCCAAACCAAGACAUGGUGACGGAAGCCAGGGGGCAGGAGGAGGUGCAGAAGCAGAGUCCGCGUCUUCCUGCCCCUAGUGUGGACUCAUCCAGGUUGGAUGUGGAGAAAAUUCCAGCCGCAGAGGUGACACUAUCAAGAGCUUUUCCUGGUGGAGAAAUACCCACCGGAGACGCAGUCAGGUCUGGCGGGGAGGCCCCGGCCAUCUCAAAGGACCCGCCUGCUGUGCAGCACUGCCCGCAGGAGCGUCUGCCAGCUCAGACCCCUGGUGGUGCUUCUCCUGAUGGGGUGGGCACCGCAGAUCCUGUUUUUUCCCCAGUAUUGGGCAGGAGAGGUGAAGAGAAAUGCUCUGUCCCCCAGAGCAGCCUUCCUGGUACCCUGUGCUGUUACACGGGCAUCCGGGAGGUGGCAGGUGGCGACACUGAGGUGGAGGAGAGUGAGGCGCCCAGCUGCAGUGAGGGCGAGAAUGAGCCUGAGGCCGCGGUGGAGCAGGGGCGGCCAGAGUUAGCAGCUCCGGGGGCCGCUGCGGCCGCGCCCAGACCUUCCACGGAGGUGGGCUAUCUGACCUCAGCUCUGCGAGACUUUAACAUCAGCGCUCUUUCUGAGAUGGACAGACUUUCCACGUCAGAGGUCGUGAUGUUUCUUGAAAGUUGUCAGCUAAGAGAUUAUAGUUCAGGGGACUCUGUUUCAGAAUGUUCUAGCAAAGGAACCCGAAAUAAAGGAGUGAACAAGGAAUUAAAGCAAAGCGAACCAUCAGGAGACAUGUACGGAAAGCAACUCUGUGAAGAAGAAACGCUCGAGACUUCUGAGGAGUGGGUCGAAUCCGAGGAGGAGGACGGUCCUUUGAGGAGCCCCAGUCGGCUGGCGCAGUGCUCCUUGGAGACGCUGUCCGAAGUGCUCACUAGGAUGGGGCGGGAGCUGCGGACUCCCUGCGAGGAUGCUGACGAGGGAGACGCUGCUGAGGUGCUGCUCUUAAAUGUGCAUGACAGCGUGACAGCCGAGCAUGCGGAAGAGCCGGUUCCGCCUCAGGAAACCGCCAGCUUGUCCCCACAGCCUUCAGCUGUGCCCCCACCAGGGGCCGGCUCUGACUCCUCGGUCCCUUCUCCCACCAGUGGCGGAGCUGACCACGAAAACACCCGAGGCAGAUCCGAGGGCCACUUGGAUGUGAUCAGGUCUGUAGACGGCGGAGAGGAGGUCCCGCUGGAACCCGCAGACCCCCUGCUCCUGUGCGCUGACUCCGGAGCGGGGGAAGGGGAAGCGGCGUUUCAGUGUCAGAUCUCUACGGUGACCUCCGAAAUUAUCAACGUGCUGAUAAAUAAGGAUCACAACCUCGUCAUUGAAAAGGGGGACAACUGGACCAUCAUCAAUAGUGUGGCUCUCAUGCCGAAUGUGGACCAGGUUAUACUGUGUGAUGCUCUUGAAGACGCCCCUGUCUCCCCGGAUCCAGAGGGGCAGGGGGCUGGCUUCAUUUCAGUUCCUUCUGCGGAGCAGUCCCCCGAGACCGGGCACCCUGGCCCUCCCUUUCCGGAGCUCCAGGGUGGCAGUCACGUGCCGGGUACCCAGGAGGACAUUUCAAGCAGUGGGCAGAAUACUAACUUUGAUAAAAGUCGUUUGCGGAAUAGACCUGUUAAACCUAGCGUAAGGAUUAGCUCUGAGAUAUACGAUCAAAACUUUGACUCUCAGACCGUUCAGUCUGAUCACACUUACUAUAACUCGAAACUAGAGCCAUUCAGCAAAAAUAAGAAUCGAUCAAAGGUUUCUAACAAAGAUCAGUCAAACAAACCAGUGAAGACUUCAGCAUCAAGCCGGGUUGAAACUACUCAAAGUGAAGAUGCUCCACCACUUUCAGGGGAAAGAGGCAACGCAAAGGCUCCGAGGAGUCAGACGCAGACCAUUCUGGCCAACGCUGACACCUCCACGCCCGCGGACUGCGGUGCUGAGACGCUGAGUAAAAUACGGCAGGAGGUGGGGCCUCCCCUGCCCCCCUUGCUUGCUCCUCUGAUAGCCACGCCUCCAAGGGCCUCACUGCCGGCCUCCCCACUGAUUUCAAGCUCCAGCCCUUCCUCUCCCCUCUCUCCUGCCGGCCAGGCCUCUCCCCUGGCUGAGAUCCCAGUGCCUCCUGUGAUGUCCCCUUUGCCGGAGGAGCCAGGGCGCCUCUCUCCUCCCCGCACGUCCCCGUCCCCGUCCACUGCACCGGCCAGCGAGAGGGUCUUGUCAUCUCCUCUGCAGUUUUGUGCUGCGACCCCAAAGCACGCCCUCCCCGUGCCUGGUCGCCUCCCUGCCUUCGCACCUGCCCACCCUGCGGUGGCAGCGCCCCCGGAGAACUCCGUGAAGAUCCUGGACACCAUGUACCCAGAGCUGUCCGCCCGCGCCCGCACCCUCAGCAUCCUCAAGGGGAACGUCCAGCUUGCUCGGGGGCCCCCGGCCGACGGCAGGAGCGGCCCCGGGCCUGUCAGCGCCAUCGCCGGCUUCAAAGCGAUCACUUCUGCCGCAACCGCCUUUGUUAAAACAGGGGGCAGCGCUGGAACUGACUGUAAGCACGGUCAGCCGAGGGACGUAGGACAGGAUUCCGGCGGGAAGAGGACUCUGUCGGCGCCCUCGCUGAGAAGCGCUAAAAGGCUGCGCCUGGAUGGCGUGUCCCCCGAACCGGAACCCACCGCAGAAGGAGUCAACGGGGACCCCCGAAAGGACCUCUCUCAGGCUGAAGCUGUGAGGACAGAGGAGGAGAGUUCUCUCCCGGCCGCCAGUACGGCUUCACAGGUGCCUCUGAACCCCAAAGAAACCGUGGAGUCCCACGACCGAGCCAUAGCCGACGCCCUGAGGAAGAUUGCAGAGUCGUCCUUUGACCUGCUACCUGUCAUUCGCAGUCAUGUGUAUGUGGGGAACAUCUCCAAAAAGCCUGUGAUGAGAGAUCAAGAGAAGGACGUUGUUUAUGAAUUCAGCACAACCAAAAAGCAUUUAGCAGAGUGCUUGCUUCACUCUAUUCUCUCAGAACUGAAAACUCAGAAGACUUCCGUGGAGCACAGCUACAUCCACGCCCUCUGCAGGGUGUACGUGGGCAUCUGCCGGCAGCUGGGGGACUUGGAGAGGGCGCGCUUGUUUUGCUACAGCCUGCUCAAGGAGGAUUUUCCAGAGUCUGAAAAACUGACUUUGUUCAUCGCGAACAUGUGGCAUGAUGUGUUUAUCUCUCAGUCGGUGAUCAACAAGGCGAUGCAGUUAGUGGCCAGGCAGCGCGCAAAGGGGGAGGUUCUGAACUGCUUGCGAGCCUUCCUCAACUGGGAAAAGAAUGCGCCUAUAGAUGUUGGCAUCAUGGUUUCGAAGCUGCUUUUGACCAUACAGUUAUGUCCAAAGACGGAAUUUCAGACCAGUGAGCGGUUUGGGGAAGACCUGAGUGAUAACACAUGGGAGUACAUCUGUGCCAUCGACCUGCUCUGCUGCCAUCAGAAGUGGAUCUGGACCCACGACAACAUCAUAAGUAAGGAGCUGUGGCCUGUGAUGGACAAGUGGAUAAAGUACAGGAAAGGCCAUGCAAACAUCGCCUACACUCCGGACAUUAUAAUAGCAUCGAUCCUGAGGCUCAUUGGUCGUUUAGGCCAAUUGGGUUUGAAGGAGGGGUUUCCAUCUGCUGUGAAAAAUAUUAGUGCGGUUAUUGGUAUGUUUAUACAGCAUGCCCAGGAUGAAGAUAUACCGUGGGGUAUACAGCUGGCAGCCGUGUACGCUCUGUGUGACCUGAGUCCCAGCAAUCCUGCGGAAAUAUCCAAGAUCCUGGAAGCCUGGCGCAGAGAGACGGCGCACAGCGUGCCCUCGGCCGUGGUCGGCUACCUGCAGGAGGUCAGCGCGCUGUGCGCCGACGAGCUGGCCUGACCCGGCUCGCGCCUGGAGAAGUGCCUUCCCGCGUCCCGGCGGGAGCAGAUCAGUCCGCGUCAGGAUGCAGACCAAGGUUGCAGAGAACGAGACCUGAGGGAGAAAAAGGCGCCGAGAGGCUCUCCUCUCUGUGGCAGAGGCAGGGGAGCGCACAGAGGCUGUUUUCCCCCAGACCACAUACAUCUCAUCAGUGAUCUUGUGACGUAUGCAUUGUGUUUCGUUGUGUCUUGGUCAAACAACAAAAACUUGAACUUAGCCCUUUUUUUGCUGCAGAAAGUGUCCUUUUAGUCGCUUUUUAAAAUUGAGUGGCAUUUUGUAAUGAAUUUAAUAUAAAAACAUUGAUUUGGUUCCUGAGCCAAUUUUGGACUUUGUGCCCAAAUGACUGACUAGGAAAAAAUGAGGUGGCCCAAAAGCUGGGAGGCCCGUCUGCUGUCUUAGCUGGAAAUGGGCUGCAGAGUUCCCCUCCAGGUGUCGUGCGCAGCUGAUCAGAGUAAAUAAAACAGGGAGAGCCUUUAGAAACCCACGUUAGUGCAUUUCUUCAUAUCUCUAAAGUCCUUAAAAAUAUUUAACUACGUGUCAGGAAAAGGAGCAGAGCAGACGUCCCCGCGGGCGCCUGCGUGAGCGUGUGCAGACAGGCGCCGGCGGGCACGCCCCUGCGCGCGCCGUGUGCACGUGAGCAGCUAUGAUGUGUCUCACAUUUGAUGGUGUUCCACUUUCGGAAUUUUAGUGUUUGUACAUAGAAAUGGGUUUAAUAACUCACCAUGGUCCUGAUUGUCGUAUUUUCAUCAUUUCUUAAAACUCUUGUAUGUGUUUUUUAUAAUAAAAAAUAAAAGUAAGCCAUGCACA